CGGAUACAGGAGUUUAAACUACAGGAUUAUUAACCAACAAGUACAUUGCAUCAUAAUUCUGUUAGCAGGACCAUGAUUGUUAAAAUGUCGAAACCAAUUCUAACAGUGCAUUAACAGAUAGACAAUAAUAUAACAGUAAUGUUAAAAACAGGUAAUUGGAGGAGUGUUACAGGUUGAGUACAACAGCAAGAGAUUGUGACGGCAAUGGCUAGGUAACUGGCGACGUGUAACAAGCGAAUGGGAAUAAUUUAAUCAUGAUUUCAACAAGUAAAUUGUAGCAGCUCUAAUGUCGGGAUAAUUUUAGUAUCAGGAGCACAGUACUGAGAUGGUAAUAAUAACAAAAGUGCAACAUAAUCAGACGCUGAAUGAGUGGGGAAGUGUGACUUUGCAAAACCACAGCAAUUAAUAACCGGAGGGACUUAAAUGUCCGGACUGGUGAUGAAUAGUUUCGUAUGAACAAAGUUACAGUGCGUAGCCUGACGUCCACUGGAAGGCUCGUCAGAGAAAUAUAACAGGCAGGAACACGGUCACGGGAGGUUUUCCAGUAUUGGGGUGAUGACAAUGUGUGGAGAAUGAUUUCAAUAGGGGCCACAUUACAUUAUAGAACACGCUUGGUACAAAAGCCCGCUCCAGCAACGAGGGAAUUGUGAAAGUGGAAGGAGUGUUGUGAAAGAAAGUGGCAUUGAGACUAGUUUCUGCAGGCAACGUGGUGUGUGUAUUCUUGACACAGCAGAAGGAUAGGGUCAACAUAGAGUGUAGUAACGGGGAGAAUGACAAGGAGUAACAUGGGAGGGAUGGUAAUAACGGGUGUAGAGUAAUGAUGAACUAAAACCCACAACAGGACUCGGAGUUCUCACACCAGUCUGGUAAAAGAGUAAAGGACAAAUAAAAACUUUGGUCUGGUCAGAGAAGAGGUUGUGAGAAUGAGUUGUGGAUGAUUGGACGUUUGCAACAACAGUUCCAGGAACACAAUGACCAGUUUGUUAAAUGAAGCAGUGCAAAGAUACGCCUGUGUAAGGAGCAGUUUUGGUCAGUGUUCCGCUCCAACCACUGGACGAGAGCGAUCACUCCGGCGGGCCGGGCGUCAGACCCAAUGGAACCAUCACAUGUCUCUGUCUUCACAGACGCUGCCCGCCCCGCUGAACACUUUCUGUUCCACAAAUAAAAAACCUUCUCUCCCAGAGUGCCACCAAACAAUUCUCUCUCCAUCCACAUUUCACAAAGUGUCCUCUUUGCACACAUUAGCAGCGCGGUUCCCACAAGCUAAGAGGGAAGGGGCGCAUUGCGCUGAAUACUCAGGUACACAGUGAGGACGCGAAUGGUGCCACAUAACGCAGCCCGUUACAACAUCGUGCCUCGGACAAAGCAUCUUGACCGUCACCCAACACAUUCUUGAUGGCACUGGGGGAGCCAACAGUGGGAACACAAAACUGUUCCAGCCAGCUCUCUCCCAGUGCGGACACACGUGAUCCCCUGUCCACAUGGAGAGGGCUUAUGGAGAGAAGGUCCCUGUUUCUGGUGACCCUUCCCCCCGCAUUACCCGCAGCAGGUCCCAGGGUGGACCUCCUCAAGGGCUGGGCUGGGCCGGCAGUCACUGCCUCUGAGCCCAGGGGUGGAGUCUGUGGUAGAAGGCCGACCGGGAGGUUCCUGUUUAUCUGCCGUCGAUGCUGACCCCAGUGUCAGACGCUGAUCAUCCUUCUCGCCGGCCUGGGCUAUCUGUCUCCCAGCCCAACGCGCUGGAAAAGGCGUGCGCUCAAUCCGACAACGUCCAGGUGUUGGAGGAAGGUGGGAGAUGUUAGUAGCGGCCUGAAGGACGUCCCGCUCCGGCCCACAGCGCUGCCCCGUCCUGUGACCAGAGGGGGGAGAGCUAUGGAGGGCUACCUCAUUGCUCCGUAUCCCGAGGAAAUGGUCACCUAUGACAGCGAUGUGUAUAGGCAGCCGGAAUACUACACCUACCUGAGUAGCGAUGGGGAGAGCCAUGGUGUAGCGGACCAUUUCUGGGAUGACUCUGGCAACCACUUCUACAGGGACCUGGAGCCCUUCUCGGACAGUCACUUGACAGAGCUGCAGAGUGUGCAGCCCCCACAGCUGCAACAGUUGUACCGCCACAUGGAGAUCCAACAACUGCACAACCUGGAGUCGCUGCCCAUCGCAGGCAACCGCAUUAGCGCGGCUGCUCAUUACACCAAAACACAGCCGUCAGCAACCACCAGCUUCACCGCACCCCAGGUGCCCUAUGUGCCGCACUGGUGCCCACAGUACACACACUCGGCCGAGCGCAGUUCCGAUGAGGAGGACCUGGAGAGGCACAGUCCACCGCUGGAGGUGUCCGACGGAGAGACAGAAGCAGCCGAGCACUCUGCUCAGAUGGUCGGCGCAGACACAGGAGUCAAGAAGAAGAUCAGACUUUAUCAGUUCCUCUUGGACCUGCUCCGGAGUGGCGAGAUGAAGGAGAGCAUCUGGUGGGUGGACAAGGACAAGGGAGCCUUUCAGUUCUCCUCCAAACACAAAGAGGUGCUGGCGCACCGCUGGGGAGUGCAGAAGGGCAACCGGAAGAAAAUGACCUACCAGAAAAUGGCCAGGGCUCUGCGGAAUUACGGCAAGACGGGCGAGGUGCGGAAGAUCAAGAAGAAGCUGACCUACCAGUUCAGCGGAGAGGUGAUGGGGAGAGGAGAGUGGAAACAUUACACCCACUGAAGAGAGCCCGCCCACCACCUCCAUCUCACAACCCUCUCUCCUGCAGGACCAACCUGGCGCCCCUCCCUGUCCCCAACACAAAGCACGUCUACGUGAGCCCAUGCAGAGUCAGUGGGGAGAGUCACAGGCUGGGCAAGGGGAAAUACUCGCCCAGACCACCAGUUCAUUAUGCCCUCCUCCCCCUCUGCCCUCUCCUCAGCCCCAUCCCUCACCCUUCUCUUCCCUACAUCAGCCCAAUAUACACCAUGGUCUUCCUGCUCUGUCCUCCCCCUAACCCUGCCUGCUUCAUCCUCUUCACCCCAGCCCAUCUUUCCUCCCUCACCCUUCACCAGUCCCACCCUGCCCCCUUCAACACGUGCCCCAUAUCCGCACCCUCCAUUGCCCCUUUCCAUCCUCCCCAUCACCCACCUAAUUAUCUCCCCUCUCCUCCUCCCCCUUCUGUGUUCUCCCAUUCCCCUUUGACCAGCCUGUGACGAGGCAGAUGCUCCCGACUGUCACCCCAAGCACUAACUCUUCUUGCUGGCACACGUCGGUGGUGUGUGGAGUGGGAUUGGUCUGUGUGCGGUAACGCAUGGGACUGAGCCUGGGUCAUGAGUGAGGGUGUGGAUGGAUUGUGUGGACCAUGUGUUGGGGGUGGGUUGCUUGGGGUUGUGUAAGGGGACAUGAGUAGGGCUGUGUGUGAGGGUGUGUGUCGGGCUCUGCCUGGGGUUACGGAUGGGUGCGGGCUGACUUCAGGUUUAUGGUGGGGAUGUGGGCUGAUGGGUGGGGUGGGGUGGGGGGUGUUGAAUAGUGCCUGGGGUUGUGCAGGGAGCUGUAUGUAACAGAAACUGAGAGGUAGUGGGUGGGUGGAUUUGGUGAGGUGAGGUGCACCAUGUGUGCAGGAGUGGAUUGUGAGGGGUAUUAGGACCUAUUUGUGCGUAUGUGUGUGUGUGUGUGUGUGCGUGGGUAGAUGUGUGG